UACAGCUUGAUUGGCGAUACCGCAGCGCAGUUUUUACGUUCCGUACCUAUUAGAGGAGAAGUCAAUCAGAUUGUGGAGGCCAGAUUCGACAUUCCCCACUACGUCCCUGUGUUACGACAACAUUUCGAAACCAUAAAGCUGACCAUUGCCAAUGAUCUGGGAGACGACGCCAAGUUCCAAACUGGAAAAUCCCUUGUAAAGCUACAUUUCCGACCACAACGACUCUACUAGAAUGCCUCUCGUGGCGUACGUGCCGGAUCCCCGGCGAUACGAAAACGUCUUUGUCAGUCAGACGGGUGGCAGCGCAUUGAUCCGGUAUCGAGGAACCCUGCAAAACGGAUCGGGUUUCCCGCAGAUUUUGAAGAACCUUUUUGCAAAGCUCUCAGCCUUUGCUCAACCCAUACUACGGAAAGCAGCACCGCAUGCCAAAGCCGCUCUUGAAGCGGCUACCCCUCACCUGCAAGAAGCGGCGACCGGGGCUAUUAAAGAGGUAGCCUCGCGUGCGGGAACAGCCAUUGGAAAACGAUUCGCUUCCCAAGAAGGUGAAGGUGUCCGGAAAAAACGACGAGUUCGACGUAAAGUUCUACGAGUUAAACGUAUUCCUCCUACCAAUAUCCCCGACUUCUUGUGAAAAAAUGGCCAUGUUGAUGAUGGAAAAUUCGGAGCCGGCCAUGCAACUGGAGAACCAACUCUUUGCAUUACCGGCGACUUUGACGGACCGAUGGCGCACUGAGCAUGAAAAGUUGAACCCCACUACCAUCUUAACGGACAACGGAUCGGCCGGCGAUAUCAAUUUUUUCAUUCCACCCAGCACAUCAGGACUACUCAGUUUGGCGGACAUGAUACUGGAAUUAGAAGUGGGUAUUAAAGUCCGUAAGACCACCGGAGAAUGGGAACUGAUAACAACGGCUGAUGGAGUGGCACCAGCCAACAACU